AUGGCGAUCCAGAGCCUUUGCUUCCUCAUUCCCGUGGCUAUCGUCCUAUUCAGAGCCUGCAUGGUCCCUCAAUCCCAGUCCCUUUCUUUGGAGCUAUGCCGCAAGGAAUACGGUCCUCCUCUGCUUGCUCACAUGGGGCUUUCUGAUGACCCAGAGUUGUCGAACGGCAUGUACCACAUGGGUACAGAAAUCCUAGCCUCCAGCGAUCACAACGAUUCCAUACGUCCGGCUGAAAUGAAUGUCCCCAAAGCCCGAAUCGCGGUGUGCAUCUUGGCUAUGCGCAUCAUAUACAUGAUAAAGACCUCCGCUGCUGUGGGCAUGCAAAGUCUGGAGAUGUCCUGGAAGUGUGGAGGCGAUGCCGCGACACUUGUGUUCGGAGACACGUCGCUGAACUUUGAGACGUGGACCACAUAG